CAUAUAUAUAUAUUACCGUAUACAAUUCAUACAUGUUGUUGUGCAAGAAUCUGAACUGAAACUGACCUUUGCUCAUGACGCAUUCAGAUGAGGAAGUACACUAAACCAGAUCGCGAAACAUGGCUGGACCCAGCCCCAUAUCUGUCUAUGCACUGCGUCUUGGUCCUGGUGAGGAGAUCCUGAGCUCCCUGGUCAGAUUUGUGGAGGAGAAGGAGCUGAAAGCACCAUUUGUCAUCACAUGUGUGGGUAGCGUCACCAAGGCAACGCUCAGGCUGGCAAAUGCCACUGCUUCAAAUACUAAUGAGAUAAUUCAUCUGAAUGAGAAAUUUGAAAUUGUCUCCUUGGUUGGAACCCUGAAUAAAGAUGCCCACUUGCAUAUCAGUCUGGCUGACAAGGAUGGCAAGACUGUGGGAGGGCAUGCUGUGGGUGACCUGGAGGUCUUCACAACUGCUGAAAUAGUCAUUGGCGAGGGAAGUGAUCUACAUUUCACCCGAGAGAUGGAUGAACGCACCGGUUUCCCAGAGCUUGUCAUUGGCUCUCGCUCUGAGCUAGCCUAGCAAUUUACACUCUGUACAUUGUCUCUUUUAAAAAGCGCAUUGAAUAAAUUGGGCUGAAACAUGA